AUGCCCGCAGUCGAUGCUCCUGCGCCCACCGUGGGUGAGGACGUCCGAGUUCUGGGCUAUGACCCUUUGAUCCCUCCCGCGCUCCUGCAAGCAGAGAUUCCCGCAUCGCAAACCUCCGUUGAGACAGUCGCCAAAGGGCGCCAAGCAUGCAAAGAGAUAAUCCACCAGCGAGAUGACAGGCUACUGGUCAUGGUCGGACCGUGCUCGAUCCACGACCCAGCCACAGCCCUUGAAUACGCUCAACGGUUAAAACAACUUUCCGAGAAGCUUUCCGCAGACCUCUGCAUCAUCAUGCGAGCCUACCUGGAAAAGCCGCGCACAACAGUCGGGUGGAAGGGACUCAUCAACGACCCCGACAUCGACGAAUCCUACAAGAUCAACAAAGGCCUACGGGUAUCGAGACAACUCUACGCCGACCUCACGUCGAUGGGCAUGCCUAUUGCGAGCGAAAUGCUUGACACAAUCUCCCCGCAGUUCCUUGCCGACCUGAUCUCUCUUGGUGCGAUUGGUGCAAGGACCACGGAAUCCCAACUGCACAGAGAACUUGCCUCAGGUCUCUCCUUCCCUAUGGGUUUCAAGAACGGCACAGACGGGUCUCUUUCAGUCGCAAUUGACGCAGUGGGCGCCGCCGCAGCACAGCACCACUUCAUGGGCGUGACAAAACAAGGUCUCGCGGCAAUCACAAAGACCAGUGGCAACGAGGACGGAUUUGUUAUCCUGAGGGGUGGAUCAAAGGGCACGAAUUACGAUUCCGAGUCGGUCAAAGCAGCUCGCGCUGCGCUAAGAGGAAAGGGGCAGAGAGAAGUCAUGAUGAUUGACUGUUCACACGGCAACUCGAAGAAGAACCACAAGAACCAACCGAUUGUCGCUCAAGACAUUGGCGACCAAAUCAGACAAGGCGAGGACAGCAUCGUGGCGGUCAUGAUCGAGUCCUUCAUGGAUGAGGGCAAUCAGAAAGUGCCCGCCGAGGGCGGUCUUGCAAGCCUCAAGAAGGGCAUAAGUAUCACGGAUGCUUGUAUCAACUGGGACACGACGGUGGAGGUGCUCGAACAGUUAGCCGACGCAGUGCGGACGAGGAGAGAGGUGGUCAAGAAGGGACAGCAGAAUGGCACCAACGGUGUUUCAAAUGGCCAUCAUUAA